AUGAGUUUGGAUGGGUCCAGGUCGGUUUCCAAGACGCCACCGCGUAAGAAGUCUUACCCGUUGAAGAUGGAGACUAUUCCGAUGUCUUCUUCUUCGUAUGCAGAAUUCAAAGAGACGCGAAACGAUGAAGAACAGGAAGAUGAGUACAACGUUGGGAAACCAAAUGCAUCUAGUUUUGAAGCAGAUCAAGAUUUCAAAUUCAAGAGACAUAGGAAUAAGCAAAGCAACGGGGUGCCAUCUCUCGGGGAAAGGUUGGACAAUUUACAGGAUGUUAAGAAGGCUAAAUGGGUUGAUAAUUUUAAUUCCUCUAUGCCUAAUGUACGAGAAACCACCACAAAUGGUGUUCAUUCUCCAAGAGUACCGGCUGCAGACCAGGGAUAUCCUAGUUCACAACCUGUCCCUCCUUAUAUCGCCCUACAUGUAUUAUUAUCCGAUGCCAACUCAAGGUAUGAUGCCAUUUGUAGGUUCUCCUGUGCAUCCGACACAGAUGGAGAGUCAGCAGUAUAUGAACUCUUCGAUUUUACCCAAUUCUUCUCUGCAACCUUCUUUCCUCCGGCACAGCAAACCAAAUUCGACCAAGAGACUCCUCAAUUGUUGCCCCCACCAAAUUUAUAUCCCUAUAACUAUGUUCAAUCACAGCAACAAUAUGCCAAGAAGGCUAGCGACAGAAGGAAAUCCAUUGCACAAAACAGAGGUCGUCGUUUGUCAAUUCUCGCUUCACAGGAUGAUGGCCAUGGAAUAGUAUCCCCACAUAGAGAUGUGUCCGAAAAGGAUUUUUACAGGCAUAUUGGUGACACAUCUUUUGGAAAAGGUUUGCAAAUGCGUCAGCUUUUUAACUGGUGUACCAUCAGGGCUUUGAGAAGACUGGAGGAAAAAGAGACUAAUCAGACAUCCAGACGAGAGAAUGGCGAAUAUGUUGAUCCUAAGAAGAUCGCGCUAGUCAUAAUGAAGGAGUUUGUAAAUGAUCUGCGACGGGGGAGCAUCGAUAUAGAUUGGGAAGCCGAAGAAGCGGCUGCUAACAGCGGUGACGAUAAUGAGGUUGGAGAAGAUACAGAAUUACGUGAGCUUUUUGAUGAUGAUGAUGGAGAAAAGAAGAUACGACGGAAGAAAAUGAGAUUCAAUAUUGAAGGCAGGAAGAAGGUUCCAAACAGUAAGAAUGUCGAGAACGAAAAAAAUUUGAAGAUACUUGAAAGUCGAGUAAAAAAUCUUAAAGACGAGAUUGAAUCGUGGGCUCAAGUGCUCGGUAAGCAGAAGCCCGAGGCAGAAUGGGAAGUCAUCGACAAACAGUUUUCUCUUCCGAAUCAGGAUAUGGCUAUCGAUGAGGUUGCGACAACAAAUGUUUCCCAGGAUCUAACGCGGCGUCUUGACAGAUUACAAGUUCACUCACAUCUCCUCGAUUCCUCCUCCAAAGCCUUUUUUGUUCUGCUAAAAGCCAGGCGCGAUAAACUUACUCAAAGUUUUGCAGCAACAGUGAGAGAUAACACCCAGCAAAUUGACUCCAAGAGCAUCUUGAAGAGUCUAAGUAAAUCCUUAACCGAACGAUAG